GAUUUACUACUAAAAUGCAUUAUUAACUGGGCUCUUACAUUUUUGCUCAUCAUCCACUGUAAAAAUCUCUGCUUUAUUUGGAAUCAUGCUUCUUACUGCAUUAUUUGCUCAUAAUUCAUUAGCAUUUUGUUUUUUUUUUUUUUUUAAGGUUGCUUAAGGUUCACUUUUUUUGUUUUUCUUUCAAAGUUUUGUCUUUGCUUCUUAUAAAUGCACAGAUAGAUACCCAUUUGUAUCGUUGUAGUGUUGAUUUAUUUUAUUUGAGAUUGGGAGUAGAAGAAGUUGUUAAAGUUAGGAACUUGAUGACAAACCGACAUUGUAGUAGGAUAGUUAAUUUGUACUUUUUAGCUGCUUUUGCAGAUAGGAGAGGUUUUAUGCAUUGUGUAUGCAAUGGUUUUCUUCAAAGGAGAGUAGAUUGUGGGAAAAGUUGAUAGUUUUUGGAUUAAUGGAUGGGAAGAGAUGGGCAUUUUGGUGUUUGAAUUUGAAGAUCUUGUUGGGGUUUCUCCUGAUUUUGUCUGAUGGAGCCAACCCUGGAGAUGUGGAUGCAAUUUAUACAUUAUAUGCUGCUUUGGGAUCCCCUCCUCUUCCCGGAUGGGGCGUUGAUGUGGACCCGUGUAAUGGAAAAUGGCAAGGUGUUGUGUGUGAGGAUACAAAUAUAGUGUCAAUUACAAUUAAUAGUGCCAAUUUGGGAGGUGAAUUGGGGGACAAAUUAGGAGCAUUUUCUUCUAUCAAAACAAUUGAUUUUAGUAACAACCGUAUUGGGGGCGCUAUACCAUCCAAUCUACCAGUUACUUUGCAGAGCCUUUUUCUUUCAGCUAAUGAGUUUACUGGAAGUAUUCCUGAUUCUUUGUCCUCUGUGAGUCAACUAUCAGCAAUAUCUCUGAAUGACAACAAUUUGGCUGGAGAAAUUCCCGAUUCCUUCCAAGGCCUUGUGCAUUUGGCCAAUCUAGAUUUAUCUAAUAACAAUUUAAGUGGGGUUUUGCCAUCAUCACUAGGAAAUUUAUCCCUCAUGACUCUCCAUUUGCAGAAUAAUCAGCUUUCUGGAACCCUUGAUGUUUUACAAAAUCUUCCCCUCAGAGAUUUAAACAUAGAAAAUAACCUGUUUUCAGGGCUUAUACCUCAGAAGCUCUUGGAUAUUCCUGUUUUCAGAAAUGGUGGAAACCCUUUCAGCAGUAUUAUUAGUGCUCCUUUUCCUCCAUCGUCAUCAUCCACAACACCAUCUCCGGCACUGCCAUUUUUUGGGCCUCCGACUUCAGGAAAGUUACCGCCAAUCACUGAAAGAAGACCUGGGAAUCAGACUGAUGGGCCAUCAUUUGCCGGGGAAUCAAAUUCCAAUAGUAGCAAAAGGCCAUCUGCUAAAAGGAUAGUUUGGAUAUCAAUUACAGUGGUUUGGUCAUUCAUAAUAUUGGUUUUAGCAGCCCUGCUUUGUUUGCCAAAGUGCCUUAGGGAAAUGCAAGAAACUUGCAGAGGUCCUAAGCAACACGAAUUAGCUCCAUAUAUGAGACCCAGAGAUAACCCGGGGGAUAAUGAUUCCUUGGUUCAACCAGGUCAUGAUAAAGAGAAAGCUCCCCUAGUCUUGAAGCCAAAUGAAGAUUACCAACCAAGAAAACCGGCUUCCAUUCAAAAGGACAGCCAUGUGAUUAGCCUGAGCAGAUUAGAUAUUGAUUUUAUGUUGCCACCUCCUCCUCCUCCCACAGAAGAAAGAGUUAUAAUGAAGCAUCCAAAAAGCUCACUUUUACCAACUUCAGUGAAAUCUUUCACAGUUGCAUCUCUUCAGCAAUACACCAAUAGCUUUUCUCAAGAUAAUCUUGUUGGAGCUGGAACUUUGGGCACUGUGUAUAAAGCAGAGCUUCCAGAUGGCAGGUUGUUUGCUGUUAAGAAACUUGACAAUAGAGUCUCCAAUCAACUCAAGGAUAACGAGUUUGUUGAUCUGGUAAACAACAUCCAUAAGAUUCAUCACGCCAAUGUUGUUGAAAUCACGGGUUACUGUGUGGAGCAUGGUCAAAGGCUCCUGAUCCAUGAGUAUUACAGUAACGGGACACUGCAGGAUGCCCUACACUCCAACAAUGAUGAAUUCAAGAAAACACUUUCAUGGAAUGUGCGAAUCAGGAUGGCUCUUGAAGCUGCAAGAGCCUUGGAGUAUCUGCAUGAGGUUUGUGAGCCACCAGUUAUUCACAGAAACUUCAAAUCUGCAAAUGUUCUCCUUGAUGAUGAACUGGGUGUUCAUAUCUCUGAUUGUGGUUUGGCUCCAUUGAUAUCAUCAGCAACUAUCAAUCAGUUGUCAGGACAGCUUCUUGGAAGCUAUGGUUAUGGCGCCCCGGAAGUAGAGUCAGGAAUAUAUACCUCGAAAAGUGAUGUUUACAGUUUCGGAGUGGUGAUGUUGGAACUCAUAACAGGAAGAAUGUCAUAUGACAGGACUAGGAGGCGAGGAGAGCAAUUGUUGGUGAGAUGGGCGAUACCUCAGCUCCAUGAUAUCGAUGCGUUGACAAGAAUGGCCGAUCCUUCUCUUGGCGGGAAAUACUCCGUCAAAUCGUUAUCACACUUUGCUGACAUAAUUUCCCGCUGCAUUCAGCCGGAGCCGGAGUUCAGGCCACCCAUGUCGGAAGUUGUGCAGGAUAUUGUACAGAUGAUGAUGAGGAGGGACUCUCAAUCUCCCAAUAGAUUUGAGGAUGAAUGAUAGAUUCAUGACUGCACUAACACAACUAAUACGUGGGUACCAGAUCAGAGAAGGAAUAAAAUGUAACAUAGUUGAUGAGUUUUUUUGAGUGUUUUGUCAUCCUCAUUCAUGUUUUUUUUUUUUUUUUUGGUUUUUCUUUCAUUGUUUUAAUGUUUAUUUAGGAUGCAGGUUGGCUAUGUUGCAGAAGUUCCUAAUCCAUUUGUUUGACAUUCAAUGAGUGAUUUUUUUUUUUUUAAAAAAAAAAAUAAUAAUAAUAAUAAUUGAUUUUUUAAGUUAAAAAUUUGAUUUCAUACUUAAUUUCUAUUGAGAAUAAUCCAAUCCUUUACAAGUAUAUUUUAAUAAUCCUUUAUAAGUUAGUUAUACACAAAUUUGUAUCGGUUUACAAGUUACAAGUUUAGCGGCAAUCGGGUCGGGAUCCAUUUCGCAAAGUAGAGUUGCAGAGGCGAAUUGAAGGUGUGCGAGUGCGACGCGGCGUCUCGUGAGCAGAAGAGUAGUGUAGAAAGGAUGAGCGGAGAGGCGGUGGUGUCGAAGCUGGCCGUGCUGGCUAAGUACGCGGUGUUGCCGGGAGUUAUGGCCGCCGCUGUGAUCUACUCUCCUCCCGAUUUUGUUAUUCCAAAACCUAAACCAUCAUCAUCUUCUUCUUAGGGCAGGGAUGGGACUUUCAAGAUUGCUGUUUCCCAACAGGAAAUCAUGGGAAAGAAAUCGAGGACAGUAUGAUGUAAUGCAGGAGGAAGAACAAAGUGCACCAGAAUAAAACUAGGCAAAUUCUCCACAAAUAACUUUAAAAGGAAACAUGAACAGAUUCUCUGUUCAGAUCCUACAACUGGAGCCAGAUAGUUGAUUGGGGUGGCACAGUGAGGGAACUGAGAGAGGGUCGGGUCCCCAAAUCCCAUUGUCAAUCAUCAAUAGAUUUUCUCCCAUCUUAUCAUAGUCGUCACAUCACACUGAAAAUCCCACCACCCUGUGUGAGUAAAAUCCUCCCUAGCUUCAAAUCUCCGUUUCAAGUUUUGCAAGCACUGUUUGUAGAGUGGAAGGAAAUAUGGAAUCUAAAUUUAGGAUAAUGUAAUGCUUGGUAGCUACAAGUCUACAACCAGAUGAAUCUCUACUAAAUAUACUACAUUGAGAGCA